AUGGCAGCGGCAGCAGUCUCUCAUCCUCACCAACCCUUUCUUUUUGCAACGGAAUGGGCAACUAAUCCAAGUUGUAGCAACAACGACCCUGCCUAUCAGGCAGCUGUUUCUGCCUACCAAGCAGCGGCACAAUUAAUUUCUAAUCCAAACGAUUUAGAAAAUCCUUACCAAUCAGCCUUUGGGGGAAUUAAUAUUCUACAACAGCCCCCAACUUUAAUUAACCAAUUCCCCUUUUCUAAUGAAGAACAAUUACAACAAUGGGCGGAUGGUUUACAAUUUAAUAAUAAUUUCCCUUUUGUUGGGCAAGGCGUUAUUUCUGGUUAUAAUAAUAAUGUGUCAGACAACAUACAACUGUCUAGAACAAAUACAGAACUUAAUGAAACACAACCUUAUACUCAACAACAACAACAUCAAUUACCAGCACAAAUAAUAGCUCCACCUCACCUUUCUUCUUCUUCCUCCCCUUCUCCAUUUCUCACAACUACACCCUCAACUGUGAUCGUUGAACGUAACGAAGCUUUAAAAUUGCAACAAGCAAUAAUUAAAAGUUCUUCCUCCAAUCCUUCCUCUAUUAAUUCCUCAACAUUUGUGUCAACUUAUUCAAAUACCCCAACAAUUACUGUCGAGACAUCCAGCCAGUUUGGACUUCAACCAAUAACGGAUGAAAAACAACAACAACAAACUUCCUCUUCUUCCUCAACCUUAUCAAUUCCUAAUUCCUCUACAACCCCAAAUGAAAGGGCACUUGAUGAAAUCAAAAUACAAAAACAACAAAAAGAAGAGAGAGAAGAAGAGGAUAUUAUUCAGCAGCAACAAAAAAUAAAUAAUCGAAUUAUUGGGUUUAGCCCUUUAAAUAAUAAUGGAGAAUUGGGGCCAGAUGAACAAUUUCCUUCUGAAGAGUUAACACAAUAUUUGGAUGGAUUUGCUAAAUUAUUUAAACAAAAAAGAAUAAAAAUGGGGUAUACACAGGCAGAUGUUGGGCAACAAUUAGGUACUUAUUAUGGACAAGUUUUUUCUCAAACAACAAUAUGUCGGUUUGAAGCAUUACAAUUAUCAGUCAAAAACAUGUGUAAACUCCGCCCACUGCUACAAAAUUGGUUGGAAAGAGCUUCUGAUUUAGGACCGCCAGAAUAUGCAGGUGGAGGGUGUAGUUAUGAUUACGAUUCCAAGCCUUCAACUUCUUUCGGUGUUGGUGGGGGAGGUGCGAAUCCCCCUUCCUCAUCUUCAGGUUCUUCUUCCUCUUCUAGAAGGAGGAAGAAACGAACAUCUAUCGAAACACACAUAAAAACACGUUUGGAACAUUUCUUUCAACAGGUACAAAGACAGGUUGGGGGAGCAAAGCCUAGUGCGCAAGAAAUUUCUGAUAUUGCCUCUCAAAUGAAUUUAGAGAAAGAGGUUGUUCGUGUUUGGUUUUGUAAUAGGCGGCAGAAAGAGAAGAGAAUGACUCCACAACAACAAAUGUUUGAUGACGAUUCUGAAUCUAGCAGCAACAACAAUCCAAUUACAACAACAUUACCUUUAAACAAUCAAAACAUUGAUAUAAACAAUCCAAACAAUUAUUUACAACAUUAUAUGAUUCAACAACAACAAAGUUUUAAUAACAACACUCAACAACAACAAAUACUUGUUUUGGAAGCAGAAGAUGAAAACAACAUUAAUUUAAGAAAGAAUGAAAACACAACAACAAACACAACAAAUUGUCUACCUUCCCAACAAACAUUUGAAAACUUACAACAACAAACAUCAAACAACAACUUUUUCUUUUAG